UCGCCCUGGGCAACACGCUCGCGCGGACGGGAAGCGCUUCUGUUCGCGCGCGUGUGUGUGCGCGCGCGUGCUUGUAUAAUGGCUGCUAAAAACAGCCAGGAAAGGAAACACGUGAAUUUCGGAUAAACCUGACAAAAGUGUGUGUGAAUGAGUGUGUUUGUGUAGGAUUGUAAGUGAUUACGUGCCCUGUGAUGGAUUGGCACCCUGUCCAGGGUGUACCCUGAAUUGCACUCCGAGUCCCCUGGAAUAGGCUCCAGACUUCCCGCGACCCUGAACAGGAUACGCGGUAUAGAGAAUGAGAGAGUCAGAAACUGAGGAAGAGGAUGGUGAGCAGCCAAGCCAAGUACGAGCUGAUUCAAGAGGUGGGUCGAGGCAGCUAUGGUGUGGUGUACGAGGCUAUGGUUCAGCGGACGGGAGCUCGCGUCGCCGUCAAGAAAAUCCGCUGCCACUCACCGGAGAACGUCGAGCUAGCUCUGCGCGAGUUCUGGGCUCUCAGCAGCAUCCAAAGCCAGCACCCUAAUGUCAUCCACCUGAAGGAGUGCGUGCUCCAGAGAGGCGGGUUGGCUCAGAGGAUCAACCACGGCCUUGGCUCCUCUUCUUACCUCGAGCUGGUGGAAACGUCCCUGAAGGGUGAGCUGGCAUUCGACGGACGCCGUUCCCGCUACCUGUGGUUUGUGACGGAUUUCUGCGACGGUGGCGACCUGAACGCGUACCUACUCUCGCGCAAACCGAGCCGGCGCACUAACGCCAGUUUCAUGCUGCAGCUGGGUAGCGCGCUGGCCUUCCUGCAUCGCAACCGCAUCAUCCACCGCGACCUGAAACCUGACAACAUCUUGAUCUCACAGGGUCACGCAGAACCGACGCUUAAGGUGGCCGACUUCGGCCUGAGCAAGGUUUGCUCAGCAACAGGCUUGGACCCAGACGAGCCGGUGAGCGUCGAACGCUGCUUCCUGUCCACAGCGUGCGGCACCGACUUCUACAUGGCGCCCGAAGCACGCGAGGGCUGCUACACCGCCAAGGCGGACAUCUUUGCGCUGGGCGUGAUCAUCUGGGCGAUGGUAGAGCGCCUGACGUUUGUUGAGGCGGGCACACAGCGCGAGCUGCUGGGCAGCUACGUGCGUCACGGCGAGGUCAUCGUACCGCUCGGAGAGGCGCUGCUCGAGAACCCGAACAUGGAGCUCCUGAUCCCGGCCCGGAUGAAAAGCAUGAGCGCCGGAAUGAAGCGGCUGAUCAGGGAGAUGUUAGCAGCCGACCCACGGCAGCGCCCUGAUGCCUUCGAGCUCGAGCUCAGGUUGGUCCGUAUCGCCUCCAGGGAGCUUGACUGGGACACGUGAAGAGGACGCGUGUGUGUGCUUUAAAAAAAAUGUGAAUAGAACCUGAUUUUUUUUUUUUUUUUUUCCCCUAACAUUUUUCAUUUAACCAAGCAAAAAUGAACACGAACAUGCGGGUGUUAAUAUUUUUGUUUUUCUUUGUUCACAAGCACAAGUGAGCAAUGUAUUUAUGAGGUAUACUGGGAUUGUUGAUAGAAAAAAACAAAAAAACCUUUUCUUUCUCCAACCAAACGAAUAUAUGCAUAUUUUUCUUUUCUUUUUGUCCCCCAUGUCCACACAAGUAGACAAUACUACAAGGUUUUGUCCAUACACGACUUGAUACCAUACUCGUAUGGUCAAUGAAAAAUACCACUAUGUAGAUUAUUUCUAUGGUAACUCUGUACAAGGGUGUGACUAUGUGUCUAGCUUUAAGGCGCACUGCGUGUCUAAAGAAUGCAGCUGCUUUAUCCUGUUUCUUGUUAAAUUUAUUUUUUCUGGACGAAGCUUACACACAAACCCGACUAGUCGACCUCGAGCUAAUCACACUGGCACCCUUACAGAGCACAGCGGUUUAAUUGGCCGUAUCGCACGCUGCUUUGCAAAACAAACCGACGACAGGUUUUCCCCCUGGUGCUUCCAGCUUUUGUAAGGAACAUUGAUUUCGUCCAUUUUGACAGCCUGAAUUAAGUUCAGCAGAGUCUUUACCUUCCUCGCCUCUUGGUGCUAACGUAGACUCUGAUGCAACACGAACCCCGAACAUCCAGACUCCUUCACGUUCAAACCCCAAACCCAGAUCAAUAUCUCGACUGUAGAACUUUCUCAGGAUUAUACAGUUUGUACUUCAUCUUCAAAAAUUAAAAAGAUUUUUUAGGCAUACAAGUGUUACCAGAUUUAUCCGAAUGUGUAUCAUGAUAUAAACUAAAAAACUAAACAAAACACCAGAAUAGGGGUUAGUUAUUUAUUUAACCUUUUAGUUCCUAAAGCUUGUUGAGUCAAAAAUGGACAGAUUAGUUCCCCCGUCACUCCUUUCUGCAUUUAAAAAAAAAAAAAAUUUCAGAUGUCUGUGAUGCAUCAAUCUCUUUAUUCAACGAAUAGGGGAAAAAAAAAGCGAACAAAGAAUGAUUAUAUUCGUCGAGAAUGUUGGCUGCUUUGCGUUGUACUUGAAAUUCUAAGACAGAAAUGCUGCUGUUCAGCUGGAUUCAACUGACGUUCAUACGCGACAGCCAGCACUUUUUUUUUUUUGUUGUUUUUGGGAGAGAUCCGCCUCCUCACGUGUUCCUUUUGGAUGAAAGUGAACUCAACGGCAAUCUCGCUGACUUCAGCGUGACCGUCGGUUAACACCAGCGCACACGCUCUCGUAUUCCUACAGCGCGUGGGAUACAUGUCUAAAACCCUGAAUGCCCCUGAGAGCACAACCUCAAGCUCUUUUUUUCCCUCUUCAUCCCUUUGCUAUAAUCCCCUCUCGUCAGGCGAACACUAAGCCUGCUAAAUUGUCGUGACAAAUUAAAACGGCUUUGAAAAUGGAUUGAAAACCCCAUUCAAGUCCCACACAAGACCUCAGCGCAGCAUUUGUCUGUCUCCCCGCUGCAAAGUUUCGCAGUUUAAGUGUUAAUAUUUAAUGCUGUUUUGGAGCAGAUGUUCAGGGUACCCUCUAUAGUGGUGUACUUCUAUUAAAACCAGCAAACAUUUAGUCCUUAGAUCAUUUGCUUUAAGAAUUUAUUUUGCAGAAAUCCCAUCCCAAAAGUGGAACCAGUGGAUAUGGAUCAGCGGAAAGCUGACUGAGGCUGCAGCGUUUACCUCACAGGUUUAAAGUGAGACGGAUUUUGUUAAAUCACGUUUUUAGGCCACUUUCAUGUAAAAUGUGGUUUAAGAUAAAAUCGGAUACGUUUCGUGUAUUUGGUCAUACUUAAAGCGUAAAAAAAAAAUCAUCCUAUCAUAUUGGAUUUCUGAUUAAUGAAUUUUAAUCAUUGACUUGAAUUUAAUGUUGCACAGGUAUAUGGUUGUCGUUACAGCAACAUUUCAAUAAUGGAUGCCAGUAUAUAUUUUUAGGACUGGAUUUAAACAAAACGCAAACAAAAACUUUAAAAGCAAACGAAAAGAACGGAUCACUUUCAAGAUCUGAGAAAAAACCCGAAUCGUGCAAUGGAGCUUAUAAAAUGAACGCAGCCUAAUUUGCCUUUUUCAUUGACCAGACUAAUGCCUUAUUAAAAAAAAAAAUCCUGUUGCCUCUCUAAGCACAUUCUUUAUUGUUUGUUUUACGACAGCAAUGGCCUUGUUUUUGUUAAAAAAAUAAUUAAUUUGAGCUGUACAUUUAAACAGACAUUUUUUUACUUUUACCCUUAUAAUUUAUCAGUAUUAUUAAUUAUCUUAUUGACUACUAAUUGGUCUGUCAGCCCCUGUAAACGCUUUCAUUAUAAUAGUUGUCAAUGAAACUAUUAAUGAAUCCACCAUCAACCUCUAAGAGUGUUAACUAGCAGGUCAUAGGGCGUGUUUAAAAUGUUUUACAACCUGUAUUUUUGGUGGUCACCUUAUAGGUGUUUCUUCUCCUAAAUUAAUAGAAUGAGGAUUUUGUUUUUAUGGAUUGUUGGGAUCUUUAGUGCACAAAGUCCAAGGUGUUGGUCGAAUCAGAUAUUUCAACAAAAAUCUUUCAUCGCUUAUAACAGUUGUCUUUUUUUAUUUAAGCAAUAUCACAUGACCGGGAGCUCUGUUGUACUGCAUCACCAGGGAGAAUCCGAUACGAUAUCAUUAUACCUAGAUCUGUAUAUUAUCUUGAUCUGUAUAGCAAUUCUAUUAAUAAUUAGGCCUCCAACUGGCACAGUGGUAAAGUGCUCACCUUAUCAUCCAGAGAUCGCGAGUUCGAGCCCUGGGUGAUGCUGUAACCUCUCGCAGCUGGAGGUCUAGAGAAAGCUGAUUGGCUGAGCUCUCGCAGAGGGGAGGGAUGAGAGGUACUUAGUGCUCCCACAUUAAUCACGGCUCUACAGUCUGUGAGCGGAUAGCGCUGUUCUCCGAGUCGGCCCUCCCGACUAAGAGGUAGGAGUAGCUUUAACGUGGGAGCCCCCUCGUGACGGGGAGGAAUUGGACACUAGUAAAUUGGGGGGGAAAAUUCUAUUAAUAAUUUUCGCUUUUUUAUUUCUUUGCAGAAUAUCCCAAUUCAAUACCUUUUGUCAGAUUUUGUUACAAUUCUAAACUUCAAACUAACGUGUGAAUGGUUUAAAGUGCACCACCAAACAUCCAACAUUUAUAAAUUGAAAUGUAUUUUUUGUAGUCCAUGUGGUGGUACAUAAAUCGGCACACGAAGGAAUCACAAUACUUGGCUAAAUCAAUAAUUUUCCCCCCCUCGGCUCUAGUUCUGGCAGCUGUGAUGCAGUCGUAGGCCUGCAUGCCGAUAUAUGGUACAACAGCACGACCGCGAGUGUGAUAUUGCUUUUAUACAACAGGUUAUUUUUUGCUCUGGCAACGCAAAUAGUUCUGCAACUGGUCUUUUCAGCGUAAUUCGUUACAAUGUAGCGUUAUGUUGGUGACCAGCGAUUACUGAUUAUUAGACCACCUGUGAGUUGGAGGGAUAUAUUUAUAUAGACAAAUGUCCCAGUGCUGUUAUGCUCUGUAUCAUUACUCAUGACAUUCCUUUUGUCCAAUCAAAUUACUCGGUUGGGAAUAUAUUUGGAAAUGAAUAUUUGUUCACUUUGCCGGCUAACAGGUCGAAUGAUUUUCCUUUAUUCCUCUCACUCUCUGGACUCUCGCCUUAAGCGGAAGUGAUUUCUUUAUUGCAAUCAUUUGUUUGCAUCUUCAGUUUCUUUUUUUGCACUUGUAGAUACUGUACAUUUACAGCACACCCAGAUUCAAGAAGAUCCAGACUCUAAACUGUGGUGUUUUUAAUGAAUGAUGAAUGACCAGUACUGAAUGUGUAAAUCUGUCAAGUUUAUGCUGUAGGAUCUUUUAAUUUUAUUUGUUUUUAUUUUUUGAUUUGUCGUGAAAUAUGUGUAAUGAUUUGGUUACAGCCUCUGUAUGUGCUUAUGCUAUGUGAGCAGGUAAAGUUUGGUCUUUUCAUUAAAAACAAACAAAACAAAAAUAAACAAAUCUUACACAGGGAACGCAGGGAUCACCAAUCAGCUACCUCUAUAGCAUUUAAAGCAGGGGUGUCAAACUCUUUUCAAGUAACAGGACAGAAUAUGUUUAGUCAAGUAUUUAUAAAAAAAUAUAUAUAUGUAUAAAAAUUUAAACAAGAACCUUAAAUGCAUUCCUUAAUCAGAACUUAAUGCUAGAUCUGCAGUUCUGUGCAAAAGUCUGAGCCAUGCAUCAUUUCUUCAUAUUAAAUUAAACGAUGUAGAUUAAAUUAAAGAAACAUGAACAAAUGUUUUACUGUGACGGGCUGCAAAGUGCCCAUAGAUACAGUAUAAAAAAAAAAUUGUUUAAGUAACAACUUUAGUAGCAGCAGCCUCAUUUCCUCUCUCGUCUGUUCCAACCACUCAACGUUCAGUAUGAGCAGUAUUUGCAUCAAUGUCAUCUGCACCUGUUUUUCACUGAUUUAUGCCUUUUUUUUUAUGCGUAACAAACAAAACCCAUUCCUCUGAUACUGCUCAGGUACAGGAACUGGAUUAAAAAAAACGAGAGACAAAACAGACCUUCAUAAAGCCUGGAGAACUAUUCCUCAGGACUGCAUUGAAAAUACAAGAUGGUCUGCGUCUUUGGAAGCAAAACAUAAAGAAGUUUGCACAGUUCUGUGGUUCUUUUUUAAUAUUCUGUUUAUUUUGAAGACAUCUUGGGUCUAAAAUAAGACGAAUACAAAGAAGUGGCUACAGAUCCAGACUUUGGGACCAAUUUUCCAAAAUCUUCGGGGCAAAGGGGAAUUUGCAAACCAAGAAAAAAAAAAAUUGGUUUCAUUGGAAUCUUUUUUUCUUGCUUUCAAAAAAAAAAUUAACAUUUUUUUUUUUUUUUUUGGCAAAUUCAUAGCACUGACUUGUUCUGCUUUUAAAGUGUAAUAAUAGACUCAAUCACCUAAUGUUUCAGUUGAUUUACUUUGAUUAUUUUUUCAUUACUUAUUUGCAUUCCUAGUGAGCUGUUCCCAGCUUAUGGGUUGAAUGUUUGACACCCCUGAUCUAAAAGCGACUCGUGUCACUACCAAGGUUAAGUCUAAUAUCCCAGAUUACAACCAUUUCGUGUACAUUUAUCCAUUCAAUAAAACUGCCUUUUUUAAAUACAACUUUAGGUGCUAACAGUGUGAGACACUGGCUCAAUGCGUCAUCCAUAUUAUGCCAAAAUAAAAAAGCACUGUAAUAUCAGGAAAGCACCGUCGAUGCUGUGCAUAAGGCAAAAGUUGACUCCAGCUAUGUUGCUAUUUGUUCAUGAACGUCCUCUACCAUGUAGAAAUGAGACUAAAUGGCCAGAAAAUGAAAGGGGUAAAGUAAAAGCAGGCCUAGACGCAAUAUAAUACACGUUCUUAGAGUCCGUAUAUACUAGUGUGUGUGUAUAUAUACGGGAAUACAAAAACAGAUCAGCUGAUUGAUGUACAUGGGAAAGGCGCUGUGUCCUGCUCACACAGUCACACGGAACACAUCUCGUCUAACUGUUUGCUUGACAUCAACAUGAAAUGUAACAAAACAUUUUUUUU